UCCAUUUGCCAGAAACAAUACCUACUAUUUGCCGCCGAUUUGUCCCGGCGGCUACUGGCGAUGGCGAGCAUACCCAACCAAGGACUUCGACGCCUCAACUCUCGUCCAUGGCUUCCAAGCUUCCUCGCAACUCCGCCACCAUCAUCUUCACGUUCCUUUUCUUCAGUAGUCGCUCUCUCUUCGUCCUCCAUCGAAGGCUCAGAACAGACUCAUCAAUCGGAUAACCUCGCCGAACCCUACGGCGGUAAAGAUACGAGGGCGAGGGAGAAGAAGAACAACACCGAGUCGUCGUAUUUCCCGAAGAGAGGGCAGACUCUGGAGCUGGUAUGCGAGAGCCUCGCCUUCAAAGGAAAGGGCGUUUGUAAAGUGGCCGGCACUGGCUUCGUCGUCAUGUGCGACCGUGCCCUCCCCGGCGAACGCUUCGUCGGCCGCCUCACUCGGAAAAAGGACAACUACGCCGAGGUAACUAAACUGAAGACAAUAACACCUCACUGGGAUUUUGUGGAAGCCCCAUGUGAGUAUGCUUCAAAUUGUGGAGGUUGUAAAACUCAAAAUCUGUUGUAUGAGGCUCAAAUCAGAGCUAAAGAAGAACAAGUGCGUGAUUUGGUUAUACACGUGGGGAAGUUUCCUAAUAAAGACUUGGAAUUUUUUAACAUCAUGAAGCCCAUAAUUCCCUGUGAUAUCCAAUUUCAUUAUAGAAACAAGAUGGAAUUCUCAUUUGGUAGCCAGUCAUGGCUACCCAAAGACAUGUUACAAGAAAAACAAAGUGGUGCUGCUGGCUAUGCAUUGGGACUGCAUGCUCCUGGCUUUUUUGACAAGGUCCUCAAUAUCAAUAAAUGCUUAUUACAGAGUGAGCCCGCCAACCAGGUUCUAAAAUCUGUUCAAGAUUGUUGGCGGGAUCCAAAAUUAGGCCUUUCUCCAUAUGAUGUUCACUCUCAUGCUGGAUUCCUUAAGCAUCUAAUGCUGAGAACAGGCAGGGAUAUUGAUAGCGGUCUCCAUGAACUUAUGGUUAAUUUUGUGACUUCAUCCUACAAACCGGAGCUCCUAAAGUCCCUUGUUGAGAAAAUUUCAUCCAUUCCUGAAGUGGUGAGCAUUGUAAACAACAUAAACUCCUCUGUUGGUAACACCUCUGUUGGUGAGGUUGAGUUCACUUUAUAUGGCAAGCCAACCAUCACAGAGAUCCUAAGGGGGCUUACCUUUCAAAUCUCAGCCAAUUCUUUCUUCCAGACAAAUUCGCUGCAGGCUGAGGUUCUUUAUGGAAUCAUUGAAGAUUAUGCUAAUCUCAGAGGGGAUGGCUCAGAAGUUAUCCUUGACCUCUUUUGUGGCACAGGCACUAUUGGCCUGACACUUGCUAAAAGGGUCAGGCAUAUUUAUGGCUAUGAAGUAGUUCCUCAGGCUAUAUCAGAUGCUCUUCGGAAUGCAGAGCUGAAUAAUAUCCGCAACACCACAUUUGUCCAAGGGGAUCUUAACAAAAUUGACGAGAACUUUGGCAAAAAUUUCCCAAGGCCUGACAUUGUCAUAUCAGAUCCCAACCGUCCAGGCAUGCACAUGAAAUUGAUAAAGUUUUUACUGAAGCUUCAGGCCCCCCGGAUUAUUUAUGUGUCCUGUAAUCCUGCAACAUGUGCACGGGAUCUCAAUUACCUCUGUCAUGGUGUGGUGGAGCAAAAUAUAGAAGGGCGCUACAGACUAAGAAGUCUGCAGCCCGUGGACAUGUUUCCUCACACUCCUCACAUCGAGUGUGUUUGCCUUCUGGAGCUCCGAUGAUCCCUUUUUGAAUUCAUAUGCUAAUUGAACUGGGAGCUGGUCUCAAGCCAAUUAUGAUACUUGAACAUGAAAGCGACUAGAUAAAAGACCGCCAUAUGGCUCCCUUGAGGUAAAAAUAACUUCUAAUGACAUGUCUGGUCUGCUUAUUACGUCGGAGAAGUUAGUAGUACCAUGAAGUAAUUAUCCGAGUAGUUGCCGGUGCAAAGUAGAGAACUUGUUGGGGGCAUCAAGUCAUUAUAGCCAGCUUACAACAGAGUGUUAUUCUGCAGAGAUAGUAAAGAACUUGCAGUGAUAUUCCUGCAACUUUAUCGGCUUAAUGGAUUCUGUAAUCAAAGCUUCUAGUUAGUUGGAUUAAGGAUUGUGAUUGUUAUUGUUGUUGGCAA